AUACGAAGUUUCUUCAGAGAAGAAGAAAUUUCUCAAGUAGAGAGAGAUUCUCGCAAUCCAAACUGGAAUUCCAUCGGCAAUGGCGCUCUUCAAGUUUGCUCUUCUCUGCAUCGAUCUUGUUGGCUGGCCUGCAAUUGCUCUGGUUUAUCCCCUGUUUGUUUCAAUCAGGGCAGUUGAGACUGGUUCUGGAUACCACAUGAGGAAGAUGGUCAGAUAUUGGAUAAUUUUCUCUUUGUUUUCUCUCUUUGAGUUUGCUUUUGCGAAAGUCAUUGAGUGGAUACCUUUCUGGUCUGGUGUAAGACUUGCAGUUAUCUUCUGCUUAGUGAUGCCUCAGUUUGAGGGUGCAUGUCUUGCCUACCAAGGCCUUGUAAGUUCAUUUAUUGACAGGUUUGACAUGCUAACGGAGGAGAGACGUUGUAAGAGAAGAACAUUUUUGGAUGUAGUAGACAAAUACAUCAACGAAAAUGGAUCAGAAGCUCUGGAAAAGCUUAUUGCAUCACAGAUGACACCACCAGAAGCAAGAGUGGAAAAUAGAUGCCUUGAGACUUCCCUCCUCAAGAAAUCUGAGCAAGAAUGGACCUGUGGCUUAUGUAAGAUGACUAGCGUCGGUUUGUCAACGCUGAAUGCUCAUCUUCAGGGCAGCAUGCACAAGUCCAAGCUUGAGAUCCUGAAAACAAGCUUGCUUAAUGCAAAAGAUACAGGAUCGUCGCCUUUGUCGCAGGUGCAACACACACGUUCAUUUUCCGCUGCAGCUAUAAAAGAGGUGCAGUAUAUGCAGCCAAUUGAGGUUCCCAAGUGCACAUAUUCCAAUACUGAGGUUAAAGAGACGAAGCCACCACUGAAAGCAAGUCGCGCAGGAAAUCCUCUCUUCAAGAAAGAACGGAUUGUAAAGUCGGAGGCAAAAAAUGGUUCAUCGGCAUUACAAGAGGUUCAGUAUGCACAGCCACUCAAGGUUCCUGAAAAAACAUAUGCCAAUACUGAGGUUAAAGAGACAAUGUCACCACCAGAAGCAAGUCGUGCAGUAACUCCUCCCCUCAAGCAAGAAUGGAGAUGUGCUUUAUGUAAGGUGAAAGCCACGUGUGAGAAAAAUUUGAAUGCUCAUCUUCUGGGAAAUAAACACAAGGACAAGUUAGAAUCACUGAAAAAAAGGAAGGGAAAGCUGGUUGUGUUAGAGAUUAGUGGGACAUUUAGACACUGGUGCAUUCUAUGUGAUGCGAAGAUGGCUACUGAUGUUGAUUUGGCUUCUCAUAUUGGAGGGAAACGACAUGCCUCUCUCAUCGAUGAAAUUGAGACUUGAAACUAGCCUUUCAGCAGGUCAGUGUCAAUGAGUGUUCGGAACAGAACUCUUUGAUAAGAAAAUAUGUAUAUAUAUUUGUACUUGCUUUUUUAUUUGCAAGGGAUUGAAAUAUUUGAAUGAAGGGGAUUUGAUUUAGAA